AUGGAGGUUGGAGAAAGUAGCCGGUCGAGUAGAUGUAAACGGAGGAAUUUGAUGAUUGAGCGCCUCAAUAAAAAGAGGAGAAUGUCUACUCUAAAUAAUGUUGAUAAUGUUCUUAAUGACUCUAACAUGAUUUCUGAUAUAUCAUUAAAUGACCAUGUAGUAGAUGAUGUAGUGGAGGUUUCUAAUAUAAUUGAUUCUCACAACGAAAAUGCUCAAAUUUUAGAUCUUGGAUUGCCGGAUUUAACGUGUGAAUUUUGUGGCGCAAUAUUUUGGUAUGCUGAGCGUGUUAAGUCUAACUCUUUACAUAGACCGGUUUACAAUGUAUGUUGUCGAGGAGGCAAAAUAAAUCUUCCUUUGUUGAGAUCAAUACCUUCUUUGCUUCAUGAAUUAUUGAAUUGCAAUGGAUCAACCAGGAGCAAGUUAUUUCAAAAAAAUAUAAGGAUAUAUAAUUCGAUGUUUCAAUUAACUUCUCUUGGAGGAAAAAUUGAUUCGAGUAUUAAUAAUUCUCCAGGUCCUUAUGUUUUUAGAUUAGGUGGGCAAAAUUAUCAUCGGAUUGGAUCUUUGCUUCCGAUAAAUGGAGAAACUCCAAAAUUUGCUCAGUUGUAUAUUCAUGAUACUGACAAUGAGGUAUUUAAUAGGAUGGUGGCUACUGGUUGUGAUGAUGAUGAUUCCAUUGAUGAAGAUAUUAUCGGGGAGUUGAUUAUUAUGUUUGAUGAGAUUAAUGAGAUUACAAAGGCAUUUAGAAUGGCAAGGAAUAGAUUUCUUGAGAGUGAUAUUAGACCUGUGAAAUUGAGAUUAUGUGCCAAAAGACGUGGUGAUGGUGCUGUGUAUGAUGCCCCAGUUUCUUCAGAGAUUGCUGGAUUAAUAGUUGGUGAUUUUGGUGAUUCUUCAGAGUAUAGGGACAUAAUUGUAGAAGAUAAAGUUGACGGAUUGAAGCGUGUUAAUGAGUCACAUCCAAGUUUUAUGUCAAUGCAAUAUCCUUUGUUAUUUCCAUAUGGUGAAGAUGGUUAUUCUAAAGGUCUUAAAUAUCAAAGUUCAAUAUCUAGGAGAAGUACAGAGAAAGCAUGCGUAACUAUGAGAGAAUAUUAUGCAUAUAGAUUGCAACAAAGACAUCAUGAAGGGAAAACAUUAAUUAGAGGUGGGAAAUUGUUUCAACAGUUUAUAGUCGAUGCAUUUUUGUGUGUGGAAGAGGAGAGGUUACAUUUUAUUCGUUUCAAUCAGAAAAAAUUACGGACAGAGAAAUACCAAGGUGUAUGUGACGCAUAUAUAAGCGGAGAUGUUGGUGGUGGUGAUAUUGGCAAGCGAAUUUUGUUGCCAUCAAGUUUUACUGGAGGACCACGUUAUAUGAUGCAAAAUUAUCAUGAUGCCAUGGCUAUAUGUAAAUUUUAUGGAUACCCUGAUUUAUUUAUUACAUUUACCUAUAACUCGCAAUGGCCUGAGAUCACAAAUGCAUUACGACUUAUUCCUGGUCAAAAAAUUAUGGAUAGGCCUGAUAUCAUUACGAGGGUGUUCAAGAUGAAGCUUGAUUAUUUUCUAUCUGAUAUUCGAUCUGGGAAAUAUUUGGGUGAAAUUAUUGCUGUGGUUUAUACUAUAGAAUUUCAAAAACGUGGAUUGCCACAUGUGCAUAUGAUAAUUUGGUGUCACCCUAAUAAUAAGUGUCAAGUACCUGAUGAUAUAGAUAAAUUAAUUUCAGCUGAAAUUCCAGAUCAGUUGACACAACCAUUGUUAUUUGAGACGGUCAAAAAGUUUAUGAUUCAUGGUCCAUGUGGUGUGGCGAGGCCUUCAUCACUGUGUAUGUCUCAAGGGAAAUGUAAAAAACACUUUCCAAGAUCUUUUCAUCAAAAAACAACAAUUGAUGCCAAUGGUUUUGCCCUUUAUAAGCGCCAAAAUAGUGGAAAGACAGUGUUAAAGAAUGGACAUACAUUAGAUAAUAGAUCUAUAGUUCCAUAUAAUAAAGAUUUGUUACUUCGAUAUCAAGCUUAUGUUAAUGUUGAAUGGUGCAACAAAUCAAGAUCUAUUAAAUAUCUUUUUAGGUGUAUAAACAAAGGACCAAAUAGAACCAGGGCAAUAUUGGAAGAUGGUAGAUCUAAUAUAGUAGGAGGAAUAGGCACAGUUGUCGAUGAAAUACACCAAUAUGUAGAUUGUAGAUAUUUAGCUUCGUAUGAAUCAGUAUGGCGUCUUUUUGAAUAUCAUAUUCAUUUUACAUAUCCAUCAGUGGAGCGAUUACCUAUUCACUUACCUUUUCAGCAAGAUGUUUACUAUCAUGAUGAUAGGAGUUUAUCAAGCAUAAUACAACAACCUGAUAUUGAGAAGACCAUGUUAACAGAAUGGAUGCACACAAACUCUAUAAGUGAAUCAGCAAGAAACCUUACAUACAACUCAUUUCCUUCGCAAUGGGUUUGGAAUCCCAAGAAUAGGGAGUGGACACCAAGGCAACGUGGACAAUCAAUUGGUCGAAUGUCAUAUGUGCACCCAAGCUCAGGUGAAUUGUACUAUCUUCGUCUGCUCUUGAAUAUACAAAAAGGUCCUACAAGUUAUGUUGGCAUUAGGACAGUUGGUGGACUCAUUUAUCCAACAUUUCAGUCUGCUUGUGCAUCGCUAGGCUUGCUAGGCAAUGACAAGGAAUGGCAUGAUGCAUUAGAUGAGGCAUCUGUGUUUGCAACUGGGGUGCAGCUCAGGCAACUCUUUGUUACAUUGAUUCUUUUCUGCCAUGUUACUGAACCAUUAAAUCUGUGGGAUAGACAUUGGAUGGAUUUUCAAGAUGACAUGCUUUAUAAAAUCAGGCAACAACUACAAUUACCAUAUUUGGAUGUGUCUGAUGUUCAGUUAAAGAACUAUAUCCUCUUUGAGUUAGAGAUGUUAUUCAAUAAAUCUGGGAGUUCUCUUGCUGAAUACGGAUUACCUAUGCCAAAUGGCAACUCUUUGAUGAAUUACAAAAUCGACUACUGA